UCUCGUGGUGACCUGGCAACCAAGCGGCAGUGCAUCGCUUUCAUCCUCCGCAAUGAGCUUGAAAGGACAGGGUACCAAAAUAGCGACGUUAGCUAGCUAACCAAUCAGCAGUAUACAGUAACUUAGAGAAGACACCGAAAGGAUUGGGAAGUUUGCCAGUGUGUUAAGGUUACCUAGUUUGUUCUCAAGCAAACAGACGAAGCUGCAAAUAUGUCGUCGAGGACGCUUCCGCUGCUUUUUAUUAAUCUUGGUGGAGAAAUGCUAUAUAUUCUGGAUCAGCGUCUAAGAGCUCAGAAUAUCCCAACCGAUAAAGCUAAGAAAGUGAUGAAUGACAUCAUCACCACAAUGUUCAAUAAGAAGUUUCUGGAGGAGUUGUUCAAGCCGCAGGAGCUGUAUUCGAAGAAGGCUUUGAGGACCGUGUUCGACCGUCUUGCGCAUGCGUCGAUCAUGCGGCUGAACCAGGCCAGUAUGGACAAGCUCUACGAUCUGAUGACCAUGGCUUUCAAAUACCAAGUCCUGCUGUGUCCCCGGCCCAAAGACCUCCUGCUGGUGUCCUUCAACCACAUGGACGCCAUCAAGGACUUUGUGAGGGACGCUCCCAGCAUUCUGAACCAGGUGGACGAGACGUACCGCCAGCUCAUCGAGAUGUACACAGCGCUGUCGGGUGGUGAGUUCCAGCUCAUCAGACAAACCCUGCUGGUGUUCUUUCAGGACAUGCAUAUCCGGGUGUCAAUUUUCCUCAAAGACAAAGUGCAGAAUUCCAACGGCCGUUUCGUCCUUCCGACGUCCGGUCCUGUGCCCUGCGGAACGCAGAUCCCGGGAAUGAUCAGGAUGUUCAGCUGCACGGGAGAGGAAGUGAGGCGGCUGCAGUUCCCCAGCGGGGGGGGCUACACCGGAGCCCUGCGCGAGGGAUCCUUCCAGAUGUUCGGGGAGCGGGUCAUCAAACUGGGCACCAACAUGUACAGCGUGAGUCGCCCUGUAGAGACGCACAUGUCCGGGACGGCAAAGAACUCCGCCCAGCACACCAAGGUGAACGCCGCCCCUGACCCGCUGGCGAAGGAGGAGCUGAACCUGCUGGCCCGGCUCAUGGGGGGGCUGGACGUGCAGAGACCGCCCGGCGGGGACUCGGGCUUCCGGGUCAACCUCUUCGCCACCGACGAGGAAGAGGAGGAGGCCUCCAUGUCCCGGCCAGAGGAGCUCUCCUACGAGGUCAUAAACAUCCAGGCAACCAAGGACCAGCAGGCCAAUGAGGAGCUGGCCCGGAUCAUGGGGGAGUUCACGGAGGAGGCGGAGGCAUCACAGGCUCCGAGCGACAAGGGGGCGGACCUUCUGGCCAUGAUGGACGGGCUCUGAGAGGGGGGUGUGGCCUCCGGUCCCCUGGGGGAGGAGCUACGCCUCGAGGGAGGCACGGCGGAUCGUUCUGAUUGGUUUAUCCCGCGCCGUGGAAACAACCCGCUGGUCUCGCGCGCGCGUCUCUGGUUCCGAUAGAUUUGCAGUUUGCCGACGUGUUAGAGAGGGCGCGAGACGGAGGUCGAGAGAGAUAUAGGGAGAGAAAGUCGCAUGAAAUUAAGACUUAAAUGACGACUUUGCUACGUGUCCCCAAAUGGCUUCGUGACUACCGAUAAGAUGCACGUCACCUUAUGAUGUGUCCUCUGUCGGUAACGCUGUCCGAGACACCAAUAUGAACAUGAGUCGCUGUUAAUAACUGUCUGUGUCAUCCCUCCGGUUAAGCAGGCACCGUCCAAUCAGUGGCGGUGUUUCCCGCUGUGACCGAGUUGUUUUAAACUCGCUGCUACGUCCACCUGUGAGGGUGGGUAUACCUGGACGUCGUUAGUUAGAUUUUCCUCUUCAACACCACUGGGACUUAAUUAAGGGCGCACUGGAACGUCACGCCACAUGCUAUAUUAGAGUGGUCACACUGUAAAAUAAGGUUCAUGAAUUGGCAUGAACUAAUGUAGCUGUUAACUGACUCCUACUGAAGAGUUCAUCUGUACAGCUCUGUUAAUGUAUUUGUACAUCAUGAAUAACAACUACAUUAGUUAUUGCAAAUUCAUAUUGGAAUGGAAAAAGUAAGUUAAUGUAUUUGUUAAUGGUUAACUAAUUAUAAGUUCAACCUAUGGUUUGCUAAUGUAUAAAUAUCAUGGAACAAAUAUGUUAAUUAGAUAACAAAUGCAUUAACUCAUGAAAAGUAACUUUCAUGCUUAAUGUAGUUGCCAUUAACGCAUGUUAACAACGACAUUAGUUAAUGCCAAUUCAGGAUCCGUAUUGAAAAGCGUGUCCCUUUGAGUUUUUAAGAGCGAAAGGGUUGUUUGGUACAUCAUUAUUUUCCAAAUGAGGAAAAAAAUCCUGCUCUUCUUUCGGAAUCCGUUUUGAGUUUGAGUCACACGGUCAUAUGCUAUCUGCGUCCCCCAUCCUGUCGCAUCCGCAAAGACCGCGGUUUCAGAAUGCGUGUGGUGAAUAUCGUGCUUUCCUGUUGAACAGAGAUAUUUAAAAAAUCCUGCGCUAGAAAAGACAGGACGUGUUACAGGAAGUUCACUUGGUAAGAGAAUCCAGACACCUGGCUCCCAGAUACACCCAAACAGAACAUCGCUGUGGUCCUUUCAUUAACCUGCGCAUUACACUCUUUUUCUGUUUUUUAAGGCUUACGGUGUAAAUUUCGAUCGACACAGAGCCUGUGGGAAGCACAUGACGUGCUACUAUCAGCCGGUUUCAAAAUGGCUGGAGGUUUUCUGUGUCAUUGAGGUCUGUUGCUAGACGCAGCAGAAGUGGUUGAUUUGAUGUGCAAUAUUGAAAACAGCCACUGUUUUGCUUAAAUAAGCAGAAUGCAUUUCUUAGUGUGGGAGGAAACGGUGAGCUGACGAGUUUAUGAUUUGAAUAUUUCUUGUGUGAAUGUGUGUUAUGUUUUAUAAAUGUAUUGUGUAUGUUGUGUUUACAUAUGUUGUUAUCAGUGCACUUUUGUUAAAAUAUUAUUGACUGAUUGUGAUUGAUAAAUAUCACGUUUUGUGGAAAUGUGUUUUUUUUUUUUCUCUGUGCAUCGUAAUAAAUGAUCAGUGAAGCAUC